CAACAUGCCACCAUUCUAUGCAGCGACCCCGAGGACGAUCGCCCUGUCAGAAUGCAGCAAAUCUCGCAUUGGAAGCGGGUCGCGAUGCGCUCCAAUAAGAGCCCACAGUUAUGCCUGAGGUUUGCCCGUCCGGCCUAGGUCAUGACGCUGCCGCGGCUUGAGCUGAUUGACCCACGUUCUUGCAUCAUUGCGAGCUACGAGGGAUGCGACGGUAGUGGGAUGAUAAGUAGAUCUUCGUGCCCGGUUGUUGUUGAGAGGAUAACGCGUCCUAAUACUUCCCCCUCAAAAGCAGUGCGAACAUGACGAUGGCAUCGGAGAAGAACGAUGCACCUGCUGCAUCGAACUCUUCCGCGAGCGAUGUGGAGAUUGUCCCGGGCACCAUUAACGAAAAGAAGUUACUCAGAACGUUGGAUCUAAGACUCCUGCCUGCGGUGUCAAUCUUGUAUCUGCUGAGCUUUCUUGAUCGCAGCAAUGUCGCCAACGCACGUAUCGAGGGCCUGACGACUGACCUCGGUAUGACAGGCAACCAAUACCUCACUGGUCUGACUCUUUACUUCAUUGGCUACGUCCUCUUUGAAAUACCUUGCAACAUUGUCCUCAAACGCACAACGCCGAAGUUUUGGUUACCUACGCUUACAGUGGUGUGGGGCGUCGUGGCUACGCUGAUGGGCGUCACACAGAACCUGUCGGGCUUCUUUGCGGUGCGCUUCUUUCUGGGAAUGGCCGAGUCUGGGCUAUUUCCUGGUGUGGUUUACUAUCUUAGCAUGUGGUAUAAGCGCAAUGAGCGACAGUAUCGCAUUUCGCUGUUCUUCAGCUGCGCUUCGCUUGCUGGGGCUUUUGGUGGUAUCUUAGCGUAUGGCAUUGCGCAUAUGCGUAACGUUGGGGGCUACGCUGGGUGGCGAUGGAUCUUCAUCUUGGAAGGUCUUCUCACCAUCAUCAUCGGGAUUAUCGCGUACUGGUUCAUCUCGAACUAUCCUGGCACCGUCAGCUGGCUCAGCGAGGAAGAAAGAGCUUUCGUGCAAGCGCGUCUCAAAGCCGACAGCGACGCAACGAACGAUGAAGCAUUCUCAUGGGCGGAGGUACUGCUCGCGGCAAAAGAUAUCAAGAUAUGGCUUUACGCCUUCGCCUUUCAUACGAUGAGUUUACCACUGUACACUCUAUCUCUGUUUCUACCGACCAUCAUCCGCGACAUGGGCUACACAUCAGCUCAAUCACAGCUCCUCACCAUACCGCCCUACGCCGUCGCAACACUCUUCACAAUCUUCUGGGCCAUUCUCUCGGAACGCUACGCCCGCCGCGCCCUCUUCAUCCUGACUACCUCCACAGUCGCAAUCAUCGGCUACAUCAUUCUCCUCGCCAACACGAACCCCAAAGCACGACCAGGCGUAUCUUACGUAGGAACCUUCUUCGCCGCCAUCGGCAUUUACCCUUCCGUUGCAUUAGUGCUAUGUUGGCCCGCCAUCAACGUCAGUGGUCAGACGAAGCGUGCAACGGCCAACGCUAUGCAGAUUAGCAUUGGUAAUCUAGGAGCCGUGCUAGGUACGCAGUUGUAUCGCGCGAACUCUGGGCCAAGAUAUGUACUUGGACACAGCUUUGCGCUGGGGUAUUUGUGUUUGAAUCUAGUGGUUGUGGCGGCGUUGUGGGUGUUGUUGAAGAGAGAGAAUGCGGAGAAGGAGAGGACUUUGGUAGAGAGGCCGGAGACGGGGGGGUUUCAUGAUAGUUUGGAGGAUGUGAAGUUGGGGGAUCGGCAUCCGAGGUGGAGGUUCCAGGUUUGAUGAUAGAUAGUGUGGAGGAUUAAAAGGUUUCUGGAUGGUAUGCGCUUCUGGAGAUGGAUACCGUGGACGCGGCUGUACCUUCCCACUCCGUCGUGACCCCGCCUCUGACAAGGGUUAACAGGUUACACAAAGAUACAGUCGCCGUGAUAAGAGAUUCAGACGAUCAGUUACAAUGUACAACGCUUUGCCC